AUGGACGCUGUCUGGAGCUCCAGCUCCCUCGCCAGCGAUGUUGCUGUAGUGGGUUCUAGUCCAAGUUUGCGCUGCAGCAGCGACACCACCAAAUGCUACGCCGAGGCCUUGCGAAGAUGCGGGAGCAGCCAGAACCUCUGGGAAGGCAAGAGGCUCCACUUCCUCCUCAAGUCCCGCGGCUACGAUGGCGAUACGUUUCUCGGGAAUUUGCUCGUCCAGAUGUAUGGCAAAUGCGGCGAGCUCGAUCGAGCCCGAAGUGCCUUGGACCGGAUAGUCACCAGGAACGUCUUCUCUUGGACAAUUCUCAUCGCCUACUUCCAGAACGGGCUCUUCCGGGACGCUCUCGAUGCCUAUCAGGAGAUGAAGGACGAUAGAAUGGAGCCGGACGACUUCAUCUUCUCAAUCGCUCUGGGUGCCUGUGGAGCGCUCGGAACUGACGCGCUCGAGGAGGGACGGGCGAUUCACUCGCACUUAAUCGUUGCAUCUUCCACCGGAGCAAAGGCACCAUCUUUCGGCAAGAGCAGCAUCGUCACGACUGGCUUGGUGGACAUGUAUGCCAAGUGUGGCAGCGUUGAGGAUGGUGCGCAAAGCCUUCGACGUGAUGGUGCGCAAAGAUAUCGUUGCCUGGGGAGCUAUCAUCACGGCCUAUUCGGAGCACGGAGAUGGAAAGACCACCCUGGAAAUGUUUCGAAAGAUGGAAACCAAACCAAACAUGUAUGCUUACUCCGGAGUGCUGGACGCUUGCUUGAGCUCCAGACAGCUUAA